GUGAAGCGCCGCAACAUGGAACGAGUCCCGCUUUGCUGCGGAGGCAGCGCAGUGAAUUCUGUGGAAGACUUGCGAGUGGAGGACUUGGGAUUUGCUGCUGAGGUGUACGAACAGUCCCUCGGAGAUGACAAAUUCACUUUUAUCGACGGAGUCCAAAACCCCAGAAGCUGCACCAUCCUCAUCAAGGGGCCCAACGACCACGCAGUGGCGCGCGUGAAAGAUGCAAUUAGAGACGGCCUGCGCGCCAUCAAAAACGUCAUCGACGACGGCGCUGUAAUUCCGGGCGCGGGGGCUUUUGAAGUGGCGGCUUACUGCAGACUUCAGGACUACAAGCGGGAGGUGAGCGGGAAGGCCAAGCUGGGAGUGGCAGCCUUUGCGGACGCGCUGCUGGUCAUUCCGAAGACUCUGGCGGAAAACAGCGGCUUGGAUGUUUACCAAGUCCUUUUGACUCUUCUGGACAAACACCAGACUUCGCAGCAGCUAGCUGGCUUGGAUUUGGACUCGGGCAAGCCCAACUCGCCCGCGCUCGAGGGCAUUUGGGACAACUACAAAGUGAAGAGACAAAUGCUUUCGCUGGCGCCCACGCUGGCGCAGCAGCUGCUGCUGGUGGACGAGGUGUUGAAGGCGGGCAAAUCUAUGACGAAAAACUAA